AUGAUGAGUGUUCAGGUUAGUAACAAGGAAGAAUCUUCUGUAAUGAAGAAUGAUGGUUUCAGUGAUUUGCAGUUGGUUCAUCACUUCAGAGGCGUACUUGUUGCAGUCGCAACGGGUGAUAGAGAGAAUUACGAUGAGCUCGUUGGAUAUUUGCACCCGAAGAAGAAUAUUGGUCCUGAUGAGGUUGCGAUACUUGUGACUACUUUGAAAGCGCUUUCUGGAUCAGUGUCCUAUAUUGAUUCUGUUCAUCAUGAAUCCCUUCUUUUUGCUGUUUCAAGAAUGAGUCUCUGGAAUUAUGGAACUGAGGUUAUGGAUGCACUGGUGGAACUCAUUGUAUCUUUGGCUGCUUCUAAUGGGAAAUACGUUGAUUGGUGUUUGGAGAUGCUUGUCAAACAUUUUGUGCCGCCUUUUUACCUCGUUAAUUCUCUGAAACACGAGAGUAGAAUUGACAGGAAAAAUGAAGUUCUAUCUCGGGUGCAUGCUGCUUUGAAAGAGAUAGCUGAGUUGGUGCCUCUUGCACCCUUGCGAUUAUCUCCAAUUGUUAUCCAGAAAAUGCCCAGUGCCUUCAGUGACGAACAUGAGAUUGUCAUUUAUGUUGAGAAUAUGCUAAAGCUGGAGAGUGGUGCAAUUGGAGAAUCUGUUGGUUCUACAAUGCUGCCAGCUGUUGUGGAUAGGUUGUUAGAGUUGGAUGUAGAAAUUGGAUGGGAUGGAAUCUUGCAAGAAGAUGCCAGAGGCAUAUUUGAUAUGGAGUUAGAGGAUAUUAUUAAAUUUGCAGACGAGGAUGAGAAUUGUGAUAGUACGCCUCAGUCAGAGUUUUUAAAUAAGAAACAAGAUAACCUGGUUGUUGAAAAAUUAGACAGUCUAAUUGUGCUGGCUUUUUUGCACCUUGAAUCCUGUCAAAGUAGUGGCCGUUUGGUUAAGGUAUUCAAUAUUCUACUACCUUCAUUUCGGAAAACUGUAUUGAAUGCAUAUAAGUCAAAAUUUACCCAGUUUGUGAUGUUCUAUGCGUGUGCACUGGACCCUGAAGGAUGUGGUGUGAAAUUUGGCAUGACUCUUACAGAGAUAUUUGGUUCUGAUGUUAAUCCACCUAUUACAAGGAUGAGUGCUGUUGCUUAUCUUGCUAGUUAUCUGGCUCGUGCAAAGUUUCUUCCGGCUGCAUUGGUCACUACCAUAAUACAAAGCCUGGUUGAUCAUUGUUAUGCUUAUUGCAAGAUAUGUGAUUCUAAUAUGAACCCACGAGCACAUCAAGUUUUUUAUUCUGGGUGCCAGGCUAUCAUGUAUAUUCUGUGUUUUCGCAUGAGAUCUCUGAUGGACAUACCUAGGCUUAAAUUGCAGCUACUUAAUAUGCCCAUGGAGGCAAUCUGGAAACAUAAAUUGAGUCCCUUGAAGGUGUGUUUGCCUACUGUAGUAGUGGAAUUUCUUAGACAGGCAAAGGCUGCUCAACUUUUCAUGGCAUCGGAGUCAUUUGUUUUUAAUGACGUUCUCGAGUCUGAUCUUUCCAAGGCUUUUGGCGGUAUGGAUAGACUUGACAUGUUCUUUCCGUUUGAUCCAUGUUUGUUGAAGAAGAGUGAAAGCUACAUAAGACCACAUUUUGUUCGCUGGUCAAAAGUCAGAACUACAUAUGAUGAUGAGGAGGAGGAGGACAUUGACGAAGUCAGUGACAGUGGCAGUGAAGUAUCAGAUGAUGAUUUUGUUGACAGGAAUACAAAAGAUAUGAUUGAUGAGGAUAUGAUUGUGACCGUUGAAGAUCUUGAUUUUAACGCUGACUUGAACAAAAUGUCUAUCACUCCCAAAAAUUCUUUGAAACAUGGUCUUAUGCGAAUGCCAGCAAGAAUCAGACCAUCCACUAGUCCAGAGUCUCUAUGA